CGCGCAUCCUGCCCCUGCCCAUCCACGCGGAACUGCCGCGCGUAAUACGGCACAGAAACAGCAUGAGCAGCGAGACAAGUCCCGGGCCGGAGCACCCGUGGCCAAGCACAUGCCCAGACCCACCGGGGCAUCGGGGCCCGGAAGAGACGUACCCUGAACCCAGCUCACGCGGGCCGAAGCGGCAAAAGAUGGGAGUGAACGACGAGCCGGCCAUGGCGCACGAGACGGGCUUGAUGCGGGAUGGCGUCACAGUUGGACAUCCGCGCUUCAUUGGCAGUGCCAGCGGCAUCCACUUCAUCCGUGUCGUCUCGGACGCUCUGGCUCGUGUACGCCCCGGGAUAUCGCGAAUGGCCAGCGGUGACCUCGUUCCUGGCGAGGACGACCAGCUCUUGUCCCCAGAGCUGUUCCCGGCCAGUGUCAACACACCCACGGCGGUCUCCACUGCCCGGGCCCCCUUUUGGCGCGACAACGAGGUCAUCAGCGAUGCCAGCUCCGGGCAAGCUGAUCCCCACCUCGGUCAGAAUAUGCCGACCUUUGACGACCUCGUCGUCUGGACACAGCCAUAUUUUGACAACUGGCAUUCCUGCUUCCCAUUCUUGCAUGGUCCAGAAGUUCUGGACCUGUUUGAGAACGUCGCUCAGGUCGGCUUGUCCAACGUCUCCGAGCCCAAUGCCACCAUAGUCAGGGCACUUGUGUCGAUAUCUCACGCGGAUGCACGCCAGUCCGGCAAGGCCGUGAGACCACGACCCGCAAGCUUUCUUUUUCUCAGUCAGGCUGACACGGCAUCCGGUCUCGUCUUUGCCAUGGAGUCUCCGGCCUCUGUCAAGGGCGUGCAGGUCGCUCUGUGCGUCCAGUUGUUUCUCAUCUCGAUGCUUCGCUUCAACAUGGCAUCUCGACUUGGAGGUGUCAUCGUCCGCAUGGCAUUCCACCUGGGUUUACACCGCUGCCCCGGACGUUACGCCAACUUCUCGGGUCAUGAAGCGAUGAUGCGGAAGCGCAUUUGGUGGUCGCUUUAUUCGCUCGAGCGUAUGGUAUCACAGUCGUUAGGCCAUCCGCUCAGCAUCAGGGAUGACGAUAUUGAUGUUUGCCCACCGACCUACGAGCAUCACCACAAAAAUAGUGCACAGGCCAGUGCCAGGGGCCAAGAACAAGGGGGAAAUCAGUUGAUACUAUUCGGUCUUUUGUCUGACCAUGCACGGCUCCGGGGAUCGAUCCUCGAACUGCGGAACAAGUCUAUUGCUCAACGAAACGAAACUCAGGACCAGUCCAUGAUUGUGCAAUCCGAGCUGACACGAUGGGUUAAUCAGGUCAACGAGGCCUUGUGUGAAGAUGAAGAGGAGGACGCUGACUCACGACCCGAGAGUCCCCACCACUUGUCCUCAUCACAGCGAGUCUUGUUAGCAGUAGUCCAACAUGAAGCUACUAUUGCUCUGCAUCGUCCGCUGCUGGCUUCCAAGACGAACUCGCCAUCGUCCCGUGCUGCUUUACAGACCUGCAUUGGCGCCUCUCGAGCCAUCAUUGACACCGUCUUCUCCUACUGCCAUCAGCAGAGUGAGGCGACCACUCUAAAUGCCAUGGUGUGGCCACUGCUCACCUGGUCGAUCUGGAUGAGCUCCUACAUCCUCGUCUUUGCGGCUCUGGAAGACGCCACGCCUAUACCAUCAGCAUUUCGAUACGCCAAGAAAGCACGACAUAUCCUCAAACAGCUAUCUAGGCGUGGUACUCAGUGGCCCGACUUCUGUCUGCAGGCUUUGGCGCACCUGGUAUCAGUGCUACAGUCGCAGGAGCCAUCUGGCAGCAGGACCUUUGGAUCCGAUUCUGGCAGGGCGUCGACCUCGAACCAUGAGCCUGAGCAGCCCCGUCAAGCCAUGUCACAGAUUCAGUCAUCACCAACGAUGCAGUCAUCCACGACACCGACCCGACGUGGUCUAGGGUAUACGCAAGCUGAUUUUCCGCCGCCUGCUGCUCCGAGUUUCCAACAGGGAACAACGGGUUCUAUGCGUCCUCUUCCAACACCACAGACCACUUCCACGAGUAAUGAUGGCGGUCUUCCGCUGGGCCAUCCAGGUUUACGGCCCCAAGAUCCUUCCAUGUCCGCUGAAACGGCAGCCGCCACAUCGAGACCCAACCCAGGUGCUUGGGCAGCACCGUUCGACUUUGAUCCUCUCAGCGCGAUUGACUUCUCCAACUUCAGCCACCUGGGACUGUUGAAUAUGGACUUUGAGUCUUGGGACACGUGAACUGUGAAGCAGAAGGAUCAUUGCACAUUUUCACCCAAGAAUAGCAGCACUCGUGUAAGCACUAUUCUUGCGCGAAACGCAAGCACAAAACCAU